AUGGAAUACUCAUUGCAUCAAGUAUGUAAUAGUAUUUUUGUCAGUGAUGCAUGGAUUCGUCAUCUCGCUACGAACAAUGGAUAUAUAUUUUAUGGGGACGACUUUCGAAUAACAGGCCCACAUGCACUUCAAGCUUUACGCAUGCUUUGUGAACUAGCUGAUAAUACGAUUGCGAACAAUUUCGUUCAGUUCUAUUCAAGCCAAUAUUUCAGUAGAUCUGCCAUUCCUGAAGUAAUGCUUCAAGAACAAAUUGCAUCAAUACUAAAGCAGUUUCAGUCAUUAAUGACAGAUAGGUUUUUAUUAUCUCUAAAGAUGAUUCGAGACACUACUCAAGUUAAUGCGUUGUUUUCUGCACUACAAAUAAACUACAAAUUGUAUGGAAGCAAAGAUACGGGUAAUGUAUUCGUGACGGCAAAUAAUUACGAUGGUUGCAGUUGUAGUCUUUCAGCUAAUUGUAUUCGUCAAUCUUCAAUUUACGAUUAUAAUACUAUGACAACAUUAUUCGAUGUAACUGGUUUUUAUACAGGAUGUAAUGUGGUUGAAUCACUACUUCAAUCAACUCUUGAUUGCUUUUAUAAUCAAACCUGUAUAGAAAAAUUACAAAGUUCUUUACUAUCAUUGCCAAUACCUGUAUCAGCUCUUAACUCGUCAUCAUCAAAUAGAUUCAAAAUGAACCAAGAAUCAGCAACACCAGCACCCGAAUCAGCAGCACCAGUAGAAAAAUGGGCAAGUCAAAAACGAUAG